UUUCUCUCAUGUCCCUCCCCAUCUCUCUGGAUGAUUAGCUCCUCCUCUCCUCUCCUCCCCCCCUCCCUCCUGUCUUCAUCUCUCCCUCUCUGGCUCAUCUGGGUGAUAGUCAGUGUUUUGUCUUCUCCUUGUUGGGGCAGCCUCAUCUCUCCUGAAGGAUGUCGGGCCCUCUGAUUACUAGCUCCAGUUCUGUCGUCCUCCUGCUGUCUCUCUCCCUGGCCCUCCUCCUCCCGCCGCUGGACACUAAGUCAUUGUCCGCUGCCCGUGGCGUGGGGGGGCGUGGUCAGGACGCCACAGGAGGCGGGGUCAGGCGUCUCCGCAGAGACCUCCGUGAUUCGCUGCCAUACGAGGCCGGGAUGAUGUCAUAUCCUGGCGAGUCGGCUGACGUCCUGACCCGGCGGGGGGGCAACGAGCUGCUCUACCAACCAGGGGAGUGGAGGGGGCAGGACUUAAGCCAUGCUGUGCAGCAAUUGGUGGAGAACGACGAGAGGCAGGAACAGGAAACGGCGUACCUGGCCGGGUUGCUCCGCCUCCUCAGUGAAGCUGAAGCCGCCAGAGAGGAGGGCGGUGAGGAGGACCAGGGGCCAGGGGACUUCCAGGGGCCCUAUCCCCAUGACUACGAUGAGACAGAGCAGGGCAUGAGAAUGGGAAAGCCCCAGGCUGCAGCUCCAUGGCAGGGCUUACUGGAUCCCCAGCUCACCCAGGCCCUGCUCAACAGAUACAGGCAGGAGAGGCUGCAGCAGCAGGCCGGGUUACCAGGUCUACCAGCCACCAUCAGGCUUACAGAUGAGAGGCUGGAAGCAGGGAGCCAGGACCGAGACCAGGAGGCUCUGAGAUACCUCGUAGCCAAGAUCCUGUCCAGCAUUAGUCCCAACAACCCCCAGGGUUCAUCAGGCCGCCGGGCGAGGAGGGACCUGGUGUCUGGUGGUGGGGGGGUCCAAGCAGCCUCAGGACCGGUCCUCCACAGGUCCCGUCGCUCCCUGGUCUCCCCUCCUCCUCCUCCCUCCCCCAGCCGGGAGCCCCCUCUGGGGCUUCUGAGGGUCAAGAGGCUGGGGUACAUCGAGGAGGGCCCUGGAUGGCUGGGUGGAGAGAGGGAGGGCCACAAGACCCCCAACCAUGCUGUGGGGUUACAGAGGAUGAAGAGGAUCGACACUGAACUACAGGCCCAGCCCGGUGGGAGACCCAGCCGCAGGAGAAGAGCCCUGAACUACGACCCUCAGGCCCUAACCUACGACCCCGAGCUGCUGGUCCAACACAUCCUACACUACCUGCCACAGUAGAGAGGGAGAGAUGGAGAAAGAGAAACGGAGCGAGAGAUAGAGAGAGUGAUAGAUAGAUAGAGAGAUGGAUAGA